ACAGUUGAACCAGUGGUAACCGACCGAUGGACGUUGCAGGCGUUAUUUUUAGUCGGACCGCGAACCAGUCGGGUGCGCGCUCUGCCGCCAGUCGCGGCGCGCUACUCUCCCACUCGGUCGUGCCUGUGUUAUAGUGAAAUUAAAAAUAAAAAACCAGAAUAAAACAAGGUUAAAGAAGCUUGGAUGUGCUGGCUGGAACCGUAAAUUACUUACCAGCCAGCACAAUCAGCUUCCAAGAUCACAUAUUGAAAACAGCAAGUGUUAUGAGUAAACAAACAAAAUUAUCAAAAAUGACCAAAUGAAUUAACUCACGAAUUCGACAAAAGUGACUAUUCCGAUGUAAAAAACAACGAUUCGACAAUGAAACGAAGAAAGACAGAGUGCUAAUAAUGAUAAGACUUUCGUCUAACCAUUUAAGAUGUUAGACGUGUUUCGCGGUCUAAAGAAUCUCAUAAAAGUGAACUAUGUACAUAUCGACUCGCCAGUGUUUCGCCUACACUAUUCUAUAACAGUUAUCUUACUUAUAUCUUUUAGUUUGAUAGUGACUACGAGACAAUACGUGGGUAACCCCAUAGACUGUAUACACACUAAGGAUAUACCUGAAGACGUUUUGAACACAUACUGUUGGAUUCAUUCGACUUAUACGUUGAAGAGUUUCUUCAACAAGAAAGUGGGAGUAGAAGUGCCGUAUCCGGGGAUUGGCAACAGUCGCGAGAAGGGCAAGGAAGAUAUGAGCGACAGAAAAAUCUACAAAUACUACCAAUGGGUGUGUUUCUGCCUGUUUUUUCAGGCGAUGCUGUUCUACGCCCCCCGCUGGCUGUGGAAGUCGUGGGAGGGCGGCAAGAUCCGCGCCCUAAUGAUGGACCUGGACGUGGGCGUGUGCACCGAGAUCGAGAAGAAGACCAAGAAGAAGCUCAUCCUGGACUACCUGUGGGAGAACCUGCGGUACCACAACUGGUGGGCCUACCGGUACUACCUGUGCGAGGGACUCGCUCUUGUCAAUGUUAUAGGGCAAAUGUUCCUGAUGAACCGCUUCUUCGAUGGCGAGUUCAUGGCGUUCGGCCUCAACGUCAUCGAGUACAUGGAGUCCGACCAGGAGGACCGCGUGGACCCCAUGAUCUAUGUCUUCCCGAGGAUGGUAAAGUGCACGCUGUUCAACAAGUUCGGGUCGUCGGGCGAGGUGGAGAGGCACGACGCCCUCUGCAUCCUGCCCCUGAACGUGGUCAACGAGAAGAUCUACGUGUUCCUCUGGUUCUGGUUCGUGAUCCUCGGCAUCCUCACCUUCGUCACGCUCCUCUACCGCCUCGUCAUCAUCUUCUCCCCGCGCAUGAGGGUGUACAUGAUGCGCAUGCGCUUCAGGCUCGUCCGGCGGGACAACGUCGACACCAUCGUCCGCAGAUCCAAGAUGGGAGACUGGUAUCUACUGUACAUCCUUGGAGAGAACCUGGACUCUGUGAUCUUCAGGGAUAUCAUGCACGAGUUUGCUAACAAGCUUAACCACAACUAUCAGCAUCAUAUCCACGGGGUUCCUGACGCGUGACCGCCGAUACCAGGGUGGGUUUUCCACACCUGACUAACGUCGCUACAGAGGGACAUGGAGCCCCCUGUAUAAACUGACUUUGAAGUGCAAAGUGAAAGUGAUCUCACGGUACUGGCCUAAUAGUGUAGUGACUAGGACCCUAUAGCUUGCCGUCUUCGGAUCAUUCGCUGUCGUACGUAGUAGUGAACCGACAAUAUGAUUUAAUCGUAGUCGGAUCCCCCUAGUGGAUCCUCAAUGUUGCCGACUCAAGAUGCUACCACGAGCGUGCCGUAGGAGUGACAAGGACAGUUGUAUACGUGAGUGAGAGGCGCGGGAAGUGUCAGUUCGUGUUGGCAGCUCGUUUAAUUACUCGAUUGGUGUAGUAUUUUUGAGUCCGGAUGAAAAUGUUGAAAGCUUUAGUCCUGUCAUGAUAAACUUCUCUUCUCUGAAUAUGAUCAGGUUCUAAAUAAACUUUUUCAUGAUUACCUAGACCUCGCGGAGCCCUUUCCGCAUGGACCACGGCACUGUCAUCAUUCGUUACUAAAAGGCAGCUACUUAAUUUUAAAAUGUGGCUAAAGCCAUUCCUCUCACUGUGGAAGUCUUGUACAUAAAGAUAGCUGUGUUUUAGUAAAGGGACCUUUAACUAAGCUCUUUUGUAUUGUAGCUACAAGAAGAGUAGCUACUCUUAAGCACUUUUCAAGGUUCUUUACAGACCAAUGGAAACCCAUAAUUAAAGGAUCCAAUAUGUAGUUAUAGUUCGGAUUAUUAAAUUAUUAUACAACGAGGCAAAGUCCAAUGUAUAGUGUACUAUACAUGCCGCGAUUUCCUCUUUUGUGCGGCAAAGCCGAAUGUUUCUAUCGAUUCUAAAUUAGAGUAAAUUUGUUAUUAGUUAUAUGACUUAUAUGGUGUGGCUUGAAAGACUUUAGGAGCAACUGUAUUGAAUCAUUUAGACCAACUAAUUGUUAUUAGAUCUGUGAAUUGAUGGUAAAGUAAAAAUUCCAGUGUGCUCAAGCGACUCAAGCUGACCUAAAUGCGUGCUUUAAAAAACGGUCCAUUUAUAAAAUCAGGCCGGCAUUUAUGUAUAAAAUUUGCGCAUAUAGUCUAACACGACCGAACGCAAAAGCAAUGAAUCCUCAAACAUGGGAAAUUACUAAUAAGAAAACUUCUUAGUUGACCCCAAAGUCUUCAAUGCAUUGAUUGACCGGAUUUUGUCUCGCUGUAAAAUUAUAGAUUUGACGUCCUGGACGAAAAUGGAGCAAAAGACAAAAAAAAUACAGUUUAUGGUGCUGCUUUGGACUUUUUGAAAUAUUAGUGAUUACUUGAUUAGACUAUAAAAAAUAAUCCAUUUAAGGAACAGUCCACCUGAGUGUCGUUUACGAACGGAACUCAAAUAGAUACUAAAAUAAAAAUAUAAAACUAAAUCUCUGGUUCCUAACAUUCUCAGUAAAAUUAAAAACGAAGCGUAAGCGACACUGCUGGCGGAAUUCCCUUUAGACCAUAGUUAGAUAAUUAGUUGGGUUUAGGUAUAACAUAGGGUUAUCCGGGUAUCUGUUCAUUAGUAAUUGUUCAAAUAUAUUAACUUAGAAUAGUAAUUCAAUCGAUUAUAUAAACAAACCUUAAUACAAGCAUUUACGCUUGAUAACAAUCCAAACCAAAGAAUAUAGAAUGUGCCAAAAAGUCCAAAUAACAUCAAUAUAGAAACCACACUUGAAAUCAAUAAAAACAGGCUUUUUCUUGUCUAGACUUAGGCCAAGAUAAGUCUGCAACGAUUUUGAUAGCAGUGCAAGUGUUAUGUUAUUUAUACGUCAUAAUUUCAUAGAAAUUUGACGUUUUCAAAUAACAGUUGCUCUGCGUGUGCUGUCAAAAUCGUUGCAGACUUGUCUUGGUCUGACUCUAGAACACCUGUAUUUAUUGCGUUUGACGUUAUUAAAUUAAAAAAUAAUAGGUAUAAAAGCUUGUAAACAUGAAUAGCCAUAGAUUAGACUUGAAUCGAAGCUUUGCCAGCUCUUGUGGUUACAGACAUCUUGCAACGAAUGGCGCUUUAUAUUAGCAAAACGUGACGGAUUCCUAUCUUUUAUUAUUAAGGACGUUAAAAACGUCAGGAGAAAUAAAUAAAUGCGAUAGAUGCGAUACGCGAAAAAGUCCCAUUUUGUUAAAAAUAGUGCCCAAAUUGUAGGUGCUUAAUUUCUACAUAAAAAAAUUUGUAUAUCUUUAGUUUGGGAGUUAAAGCCAGCAUACGAGAGAAAACGGAGCUGGAAGCACGCAAAAUUGUUGUCUCAAAUACGUAAAUAUAGUCUAGUUUAAGUAGGUAAUACUUUACUUAUAUUACUCCCAAAUUAAAGAGCUAUAGUUUUUUUCAAGUAGAAAUUAAGUCGAGCCUGUUCGGAAUGAGAAUAGACUCUAGGUGCCAAUUGUGUAUUAAAUCCGUAUCCGUAUAGGUAUAAUAAAAAAUGCCAAAACGCAAUGUGGGAUUGCUAGAAAGCAUGAAGCUGUUUUCGAGCACUUCGCAUGGCCGCACACAUACCUAUGUUCGAUUGCGACUGUACACGAUUACCAAUGGAUCUUAGCUAUGUGUGGUGCGAUUUUUGAAGCUGGCUGUACAGUCGCCAUCAGAUAUAUCGGAGCGGCCGAGGUGCUCAACAGCAUCUGAACACGCACUCUAACGCCUUGACAAUAAAGGCGUGUCGAGAUAUUUGUGAGCACCGCGGCCGCUCCGAUAUGUCUGAUAGCGACUGUACCACAAGAGCACGGAGAACCGUCAACCUUACGAGUAGAUCGCUUCGGGAGAUGUUCUUAGCACUGCCAAUUUUAAAUAAUUUACUACAGUUUAAAAUAAGUAAUUGUAAUAACAGGAUGUAAUAAUUAUACCUUUUUAUUUAUUUUUCUCCUGCACUGUACUUACGUUUAGUUCCGAAGGAGUCUUUCAGAUGUCGCAUACUUAAAUACAGAUAAAAUAUAUAUUAAACAGAUUUAAAUCAAA